UUAACUCCACAAGCCAAACAAAACUGCGCCGCCGGUCCUCGCUCCCUUCCUCCUCCAUCCACCCCAUCGCUGCCGCCGAUCCCAGCUUGCCGGAGCGCCUUCGACUGCGACACCUCCAGCGAAAAGGGGGGGAACCUAGGAGAUGAGGCUGGUCGGCCUGACGGGCGGGAUCGCGUCCGGGAAGAGCACUGUCUCCAAUCUCUUCAAGGACGCCGGCGUGCCCGUCGUCGACGCCGACAUCGUUGCUCGGGAUGUAGUGCAGAAAGGCACUGGAGGUUGGAAGAAGAUUGUAAAAGCCUUCGGGAAUGAUAUUUUGUUGGAAAGUGGAGAAAUUAACAGGGCUCACUUAGGGCAAAUUGUAUUUUCUGACCCAUCAAAACGUCAACUUCUAAACCGUCUUCUGGCGCCACAUAUUUCUUGGGGAAUAAUGUGGGAGAUAACAAAACUAUGGAUGAAAGGAUGCAACGUUAUCAUCCUGGACAUCCCACUGCUGUUUGAGACCAAGAUGGAUCGAUGGACAAAUCCAGUAACUGUGGUGUGGGUUAACCCAGAAACCCAGAUUCAGAGGCUGAUGUCAAGAGAUAGGUGCUCUGAAGAACAAGCUCAGAACAGGAUCAACGCACAACUCACGCUGGAAUGGAAGAAGUCGGAAGGCAACAUAGUGAUCGACAACUCUGGAUCACUGGAUGACACCAGGCAACACUUCCGCGAAGUCUUGAGGAAGGUCUCUGAGACCUUAACAUGGAAGGAACGCUUGAGAUCUCGAGAUGGCCUGAUCUCUGUUGUCGUGUGCACGGCAGUGAGCGUUUUACUUGCCCGGAAGAAUCUGCUAUGGUCCUGAUGAGGGUUUAGGAAGCUAAAAAAAACUGGUAUGUCAUUUUAGGGACGUGCACAAAUUAAGCUUGUCUGGUGCCGCCUGCGCCUCAGGAGGAAAUUGAAGGGCUGUAUAUGGAGCUUUGAUUGAUGAAAUAAUUUUUUGGUAUGACGUAUUGUUUUUUGCAGUAGAAAAUUGCCACAGCAACACAGUUGGCUGGAGGUUUCUGUCCAGUGUACCUUUUCACUUUUUUUGUUUUUUGAGCGAAGUGUACCCAUGUACUAAUUGAUUUUACUUAUUUUGAGGAACACUAAUUGAUUUUACUUGACACGGUGGUUCGAUUUA